GCGGCGGCCUGGCUCGGCCUGGCCUGUCAGGGCGCGGGCGGCGGCGGCUCCAGCACCAUGUCCCUGCAGUACGGGACGGAGGAUGCGCCCCUCGCCGGGAGUUACGGCGCAGCGGAUUCGUUUCCAAAGGACUUCGGCUACGGUGUGGAGGAGGAGGAAGAGGAGGCGGCAGCUGCAGGCGGCGGGGUUGGGGCGGGGGCCGGCGGAGGCUGUGGCCCGGGGGGCGCUGACAGCUCCAAGCCGCGGAUCCUGCUCAUGGGGCUCCGGCGCAGCGGCAAGUCUUCCAUCCAGAAGGUGGUGUUUCAUAAAAUGUCACCCAAUGAGACCCUCUUUUUGGAAAGUACCAACAAGAUUUAUAAAGACGACAUCUCCAACAGCUCCUUUGUGAAUUUCCAGAUCUGGGAUUUUCCUGGGCAAAUGGACUUUUUUGACCCAACCUUUGAUUAUGAGAUGAUCUUCAGGGGAACGGGAGCAUUGAUAUAUGUCAUUGAUGCGCAGGAUGACUACAUGGAGGCUUUAACAAGACUUCACAUUACUGUUUCUAAAGCCUACAAAGUUAACCCAGACAUGAAUUUUGAGGUUUUUAUUCACAAAGUUGAUGGUCUGUCUGAUGAUCACAAAAUAGAAACACAGAGGGACAUUCAUCAAAGGGCCAAUGAUGACCUUGCAGAUGCUGGGCUAGAAAAACUCCAUCUUAGCUUUUAUUUGACUAGUAUCUAUGACCAUUCAAUAUUUGAAGCCUUUAGUAAGGUGGUACAGAAACUCAUUCCACAGCUGCCGACCUUGGAAAACCUAUUAAAUAUCUUUAUAUCAAAUUCAGGUAUCGAGAAAGCUUUUCUCUUCGAUGUUGUCAGCAAAAUCUAUAUUGCAACAGACAGUUCUCCUGUGGAUAUGCAGUCUUAUGAACUUUGCUGUGACAUGAUUGAUGUUGUAAUUGAUGUAUCUUGUAUAUAUGGGUUAAAGGAAGAUGGAAGUGGAAGUGCUUAUGACAAAGAAUCUAUGGCAAUUAUCAAGCUGAAUAAUACAACUGUCCUUUAUUUAAAGGAAGUGACUAAAUUUUUGGCACUGGUCUGCAUUCUUAGAGAAGAAAGCUUUGAAAGAAAAGGAAUUUGAGUUUUGUUCCACAUUUUUCCUCCAUUCUAUUGUAUCCCAUUCUAAUUGAGUGCCUGGUUGGAACAGUCAGUAGUGGUAGCCAGGCAUCAUCUAGUUCAUCCAGUCUCAAGGUAUGUGAUGUUGUUGUUCAUGUAGACUUGGUUCUGUAGCAGCAAGUAUAUAUUGAGGGUCUAGUAUGUAUCAUUUUUUAUUUCAGAGGCAGACUGGUUUUCAGCAAAUUAGUUUUAUCAUGUUAUUUAAUCACUAAAGGAUUUGUGGUAGCUCUGUUAUUUACUGCAACAAGUCCCAGCUCUUCUGCCUGAAUUUUUAUAUAUGUAUAUAGCAUUUUAGAUGAAGGUUUAAAGAGCAAAUUAGUUUCUCAUCUGCCUGAGUUCUUAGUGGAAUAUUUCAGGUAUACAGAAUAUUGUAGAUGAAACGAAAAUGUAUUCACUUUCGAGCUCAAGAAAUAGAACGUUACAAAUAGAGUUGAAGUCCUCUGUGUAUUUCUCUCAGUUGAAAUCCCUUCUUUCACGCUAUGCUGAAUUUAGUGUUUUAUUUUUCCCAUGCACAAUUUAUUCUCUUUAUAUCUAUCCCUGAGCAGUGUAGAGUAUCGUAUAAACCUAAACCAAACCUGUUGCCGUCAAGUUGAUUCAUACUCAUAGUGACCCUACAGGACAGAGUAGAACUGUCCCAUAGGGUUUCCAAGGAGUGGCUGGUGAAUUUGAACUGCUGACCUUUUGGUUAGCAGCCAUAGCUCUUUUGCACCACGAGGGUAUUGUAUAUCUUUAUAUAAAGUGUCAUGUAUCUUUAUAUAAAUGGUAUCAAAAUCAAGUUUUCUGCAACUUGCUUGUUUCCUCCCAUUCAAAGAUGGUCUUGAGACUUACCCAUAUUGAGAACAUGUAGCUCUAGUUCAUCUGUUUUCGCUGCCAUGCAGUAUUCUAUUGGUUGAAUGUUCCACAGCUUAUUUUCUUGUUGCUGGACAUUUAGAUUCUUUUUUUUAAUUAACAGUAGUUCUGCAGCGAAUAUUUGUGAACAAGUCUGCCUUUGCACAUGCGGAGACUUUUCUCUAGGGUAUGUAUUCCGGAGUGGAAUUUCUGGGUUAUAGCGUAUAUACGUUUUCAACUUUAUCAGAUGCUGCCAGACGGCUUUCAGAGCGGCUUACUGUUUUCACCCCUAGCAGCACUGGAUGAGAGAGUUCUUGUCACACCACGUCUUUGAUAAUGCUUGAUGUUAUCAGAUCAUUUAAUUCUUGUCAGUCUGGUAGGUGUGAAACGUUAUUUCAUUUGGUUUUAAGUUUUACUUCUUUAACUACUAGUCAGGGCAAGCAUCUUUUCAUGACUGUUCAGAUUUCUUUGGUAAUUUACCUGUUCAUAGACCUUUAUCUUUUUCUUGCUGAUUCCUAACCCACUGCCCACUGCUCUCAAGUCGAUUCCGAAUCAUAGUGACUCUAUAGGACAGAGUAGAACUGCCCCAUAGAGUUUCCAAAGAGCGUCUGGUGGAUUUGAACUGUUGACGUCUUGGUUAGCAUCCGCAGUAGCACUUAACCACUAUGCCACCAGGGUUUCCCUACUGAUUCUUAGGAGUUCUUUAUUUUUCUUCAUUCUAAUCUUUUUGAAAUUUUUUAGACUUUUAGGAAAAUUUUUAGAUACAUACCAAAGUAUAGGGAGAUCAACACAAUGACUGUCCACAUACCUGCCUCCCAGCUUCAGCAGUCAUUAACAUGUUCACUCUGGUUUCAUGUGUGCUCACUCUCUCAUAGAUUACUUUCUAACCUUUUAUUGUGGAAACUGUCAAAUAUAUAUUUUUAAAAAGGUAGAGAAAAUGUGUAAUGAACCCCUUUGUACCCAUCACCUAGAUUUAACGAUUACCUAAGUCAUAGCCAAUCUUAUUUCAUCUCUAUUCCUCUUUGCCUGUUGUAUUAUUUUGAAGCAAAUCAUUUUGUCUAUGGAGAUUUUCAUAGGUAUCUCUAGAAAAUGGUGCUCUUUUAAAAGCAUAACGACUCAUAGCGACCCUGUGUACAACAGAACAAAACACUGCCCAGUCCUGUGCCAUCUUCACAGUCGUUGCUGUGUUUGAGCUCAUUGUUGCAGCCACUGUGUCAGUAGAUCUUGCUGAGGGUCCUCUUUUGCUGACCCUCUACCAAGCAUGAUGUCCUUCUCUAGGGACCAGUCCGUCCUGAUAAUCUGUCCAAAGCAUGUGAGACAAAGUCUCACCAUCCUUGCUUUUAAGGAGCAUUCUGGCUGUACUUCUUCCUAGACAGAGUUGUUAGCUCUUCUGACAGUCCAUGGUAUAUUCAGUAUACUUUGCCAACACCAUAACUCAAAGGUGUCACUUCUCCUUCAUUCUUCCUUAUUCAUUGUUCAGCUUUCGUUCGCGUAUGAGGAGGUUGAAAAUACCAUGGCUUGGGUCAGAUGCAUCUUAAUCCUCAAGGUGACAUCUUUGCUUUUUAAUACUUUAAGGAGGUCUUUUGCAGCAGAUUUGCCCAGUGCAAAAAUAAUAUUACCAUUAAUAAGCUUGAAAAAAAUGAGCAAUUAUUUCUGGUCAGUGUUCAUGUUUCCCUAAUAGUCAGUUUUAUUUCACAGUUUUCAUAGAAGUUAAUUUUAGUGUAGUUGAAUUUGUCAAAACUUUUUCUUUAUAGUUUGUUUUUUUCCUGACUAUUAAGGACCACUUUAAUCUGGCUCUAACCUAGUUACUCAGACUAGAUUCUCAGUGCUUCCUACUGCGAAUUCUUCCAUGCUUCUCUCUUCAGUCUUUGCUUUUGAACUGGUGCCUUCUGGUGUGAACCUCUGCAGAGAAUUUGCGUUCCCACCCCAGACGUACUGAAUCAGAAUCUACAUUUAACAAGAUCUCCAGGUGAUUUGUAUGUAUAAUAAAAUUUGAGAACCACUGCUGUACUGCUGGUUCUCAGAAUUGGUCCUUAAUCGGCAGCAUUUAGCAUCGCCUGGGAACUUGUUAGAAAUGCCCGUUCUUGGCAGACGUUUCAGCCAGAAACAACUGGUUCCAAGCCGUGCUCCAGUGAGGCCAGUGUUUUUCCUACCCCCACCUGUGCUGUGUUCUCAUUGUCAAGUCAAUUUUGCUCCUCUUUCCUGUCUGGGCAAAUCUUGCCUGUAUCCCAGAGUUCUGCCUCAUCCAUGAAACUUCCAUUGGAUACAUUUGUCCUGUACUUGGCUCUCCCUUCGCUGGGCUUCUUUCUCAUUUGUAGUCAAUUUGACAUUAAGUGGUUUCUGACUUGUUUCUGGUGUGUUGGUUUAUGCCCCAGCUAGCAUCUCCUUAAGGAGCAGUGGUGGUGGAAUGGUUAAGCGCUCAUCUGCUAACUGAAAGGUCAGUGGUUCAGAUCCACCAGCUGCUUCACAGGAGAAGGAUAAUAGUCUGAGUCUGUAAAGAUUUACAGCCUUGAAAACCCCGUGGGGUUAUUUCUACCCUGUCUAGAGGGUCACUGUGAGUCAGAAUCGACUCACUGGCAGUGAGUUUGGUGGGUAGGAGCAUCUCCUUAAAGGGAUAAACCAUAUGUGCUGCUUAUUUUGACCCAUCGUUGCCUUUGUGUAGUACUGUUCCGUAAGGACUUACUGAUUUUUGUCAAACCAAAUAUAAAUUUUUGAAAAUCACACCAUGUUCAAGCAGGGCCAGACAAUGUAUUUUAAUAUUUUGUUUUGGCCUGAAUGUGAAUUGAGUGAUUUGAAAACUUAGAUGCCAGAGAUGUUAAUUCGGCCAAGGGUGACAGUCAAAUUGCACAUUUGUGGUCUAGCAGAAUGUUGUGAUGGGUAUAUGAUGUCCAGCUGUUACGACUGAGGAGGCUGCUCUCUAGUUGAAUGGCCCUCCCCCUGCAGAAAAACAAACAAAAGAAAUCAAAUCGGUUGCCAUCAAGUCUAUUCUGAAUCAUAGCGACCCUAUAGGACAGGGUAGAGCUGCCCUGUAGGGCCCCCAAAGAGCAGAUGGUGGAUUGAAACUGCCGACCUUUUGCCUAGUAGAUGAGCUUUUAACUGCAACACCACCUGAACUAGUUAAAAAAUUUCAAGCAGUGUCUACCAGUUGGAUUAGAUUUGGCUGCGAACCUAAAUAACAGUGGAAGUUUAUUUCUAUCUCACAUCAAAGAAGUCUGGGACAGUUAACGCAGCUUUCCAGUUUCUUUGAGGACAUAGGGUUUCUCUUUCUGCUCUGUCACUCUUAGCACUGGCUUCUAGUCUUGACGUCAAUGCGUGAUCAAAUGACUCUCCUCGGGCUCCAGCCAUCUCAUCCAUGUUGUGAGCAUUAAGAAGGAACAGGGGUGGAGGAGAGAGUACAUCCUCUUCCUUUGAAGAAGACCUCUCAGAAGACCCCCAACACUUGCACUUAUCUCAGGGGUCAGAAUUGGUCACGUGGCCAGACUUAACUUCAAAGAAGGCUGGGAGAUGAUUUUUUUUUUUUUAAUUUUUUUUGUGUUUUAGAUAAAAGUUUACAGAGCAAAUUAGUUUCCCAUUUGAUAGUUUGUACAUAAAGUGUUCCAUGACAUUGAUUGCAUUCCCCUCAAUGUGCCAGCACUCUCCCCAAUUCUACCCUGGGUUCCCCAUUUCCUUUCGUCCUGAUUUUCUUUUCCUUCUGCCCUCUCAUCUUUGUUUUUGGGCAGAUUUUGCCCUUUUGAUCUUGUAUAAUUGUUCUAAGGGCAUUAGAACGUUCCUUUCAAGUGUUGUUAUUUUAUGGGCCUGUUUAUUGUUUGGAGCCCUGGUGACACCAGUGGUUAAGCGUUUGGCUGUUAACCAAAAGGUCAGCAGUUCGAAUCUACCAGCUGCUCCUUGGGAACCUUAUGGGGCAGCUCUGCUUCGUCCUGUGGGGUUGCUAUGAGUGAGAAUCUGCUCAACAGCAGUGGGUUUGGUUUUUUUGGGCUUAUUAUUUGGCUGAAAGGUUGUCUCCGUGAACGGCUUAGUUCCAGGUCAGAAGGCAAGGACUUUGCUAUCUUGUUCCCUGCCAUAUCCUCAGAACCUAGGACAGUGCCUUGCACCCUGUAAGCACUUAUGAUGGAUCGGAUUGUGUCCCCCCAAAAUAUCUGGGGGGCUAGGUCAUGAUCCCUGGUAUUGUGUGAUUGUCCACUAUUUUGUCAUCCGAUGCGGUUAUCCUGUGUGUUGUAAAUCCUCCUUCUGUGAUGUUAAUAAGGGAGGAUUAGAGGCAGUUACGUUAAUGAGGCAGAACUCAAUCUACAAGAUUAGGCUGUAUCUUCAGUGAGUCUCGUUUGAGAUAUAAAAAAGAGAAGCAAACAGAGAGUCAGGGGGACCUCAUACCACCAAGAAAGCAGCGCUGGGCACAAAGUGUGUCGUUUGGACCUAGGGUUCCUGUGCUGAGAAGCUCCUAGACCAGAGGAAGAUUGAUGACAAGGAUCUUCCCCCAGAACUGAUAGACAGGCUUCCCUGAAACUGGUGUCCCUGAAUUAGGACUUCUAGCCUCCUAGACUAUGAGAGAAUAAAUUUCUCUUUGUUAAUGCCAUCCACUUCUGGUAUUUCUAUUAUAGCAGCACUAGAUAACUAAGACAUUUCCUCAUUGCUUUACUUGGAUUAAUUACUGAAGUUAGUCUGUAUUUCCUUAUGGAGCCAGGGUGCAUUUAAAACUUUUUGUACUAAGCACUGAAAAGAUUAAGGUGGCCCCCACCCCCAAACAAUUCAGAGUAAAAACAAUAUUAAAUUAUAAAAUAAGUAUAAGGAAGGAAGUCUAAAACAUUUCUUUCUUUUUUCUCUUCUGGUGUCUAUUUUGAUGCAUUUUUGGAGACAGCAACUUUUUGAUUCUGAACAGUAGGUGGUAAGUGGCAGGAAGAAAGAUGUUGGUGAUAAUAAGGCAGGUAGUAUCCAUGUUGUGAGUAGUUUUAGGUAGCUUUCCUGUUCGCUCUGUGGGAAUGCCCUGUAUGUGGAAAUGAUUUUUAUGUGCUACUUUAGAACUAUAGCCAAUAUUUAGAGUGGACAGAAGUCCUCAUUACAUCCCCAAGGAUUUGAACAAGUAGGAACAUUGUAUUUUUAUUUUGGGUGUUUAGGACUUGAGUCUGGAGAAUGCUUUUGCUGAUAGUCAAGUGUGAGAAUGAACAAAGAUCGGGAGACUUGUGUAUGUGUGUGUAGUUGGUGGUAUGCAGGGGGAAGAGAAAAGCCUCUUCGCUCUUCCCCGAAAGAUGAUAAAAUUAUUAUGUAUACAUAUUUAAAUUGAGUUGGAUUUUCAGCUCAUUCCCAUAGUUAUGCUAACCCCACCAUCGCUUGACCCAGAACUGACCAUUCGAUAGGCUCUUUAUCAACAUGCUCACCUAUUCAGUUCAUCCUUCACUUAUCAAGCAUACCUGCGCCUUGAUCCAAGAACAGAGUGAAAGGCGGGGCGUGAUUUGCCAGUCCAGAAUGCCCUAGCACUCUUCCUCCAGGCUAGAAAGAAGCCAAUCUCCUCUUCCAACUCCUGUGCCUAAGUUACUGUUCCGGAAGGAUGCCACAGGGAGGAAAGUGGCUUUUUAGUUUUACUUUCCCCUUGAGUGAUUCUAGUUUUUCAAUCCUUCUCAACACUAGGUAACUCUGAUAAAUUGUAACAUCAUUCAGAUGGGCCUCUCUUAUUUGUAUCCAUUUCUAGGUUCUGAAGAAUCAUUCAUGUGUUACCUGUUCUUACCCUGAACGUUUUCCCCCCAGGAGUUGAGAUGUCCAGAUAGUAGGAGUUUGUUUAGAAAAAAAAAAGAAUUUUUUUUUUUUUACUAGAUAAACAUACUGAAACUUAAGUUUUUAGUGAUAGUUGAUUCUGUUAUGAUUUGUGUUUAUACAGAAGUGUGUUUAAAUUUAAAAAAUUCCUCAUCUGUUAAAUAGUAUCAAAAGCAAUAACAAUGCUUGGGCCAUUUUGGUUUUCCAGGGCCCCAGUUUGUUGACAUCCUUCUGUUUCAGUGUGUUCUGGGCAGUGGCCCCAGACACCAGAUCUUGGAGGCCCCAGAUGCCGCCUUAGAACCCUGUGACACAAUGCUGACUCUGAGAGACCCUCCACUGCCAGGGCCUUUUCCCUUUAUGGGCCUGACCUGAAAAUACCUGGACUCUGUUUUUCUGCCUGAGUCUCUCCAGUCUUUUUCUGUGGAUACAUGAACAUGAUCAUUCUAGCGAUUUCUACCUGCUGGUCAUUGCUGCCAACAUUUUUGUAAUUGUGAUAGUAAUACAUGCUGUUUGUUAACAAUUAAAUGAAUAGUAUGAGAGCGUAUAUGCAGAAAUCUAGUGGUGUAUGUUAUUGUCUAAUCACCUUUCCUGCCCUAUUGUCUACCAUGUCCCCUGCCAGUUCCCAGCAACCAGUGUCGCUAAUGUUGAGUAUAUGCUUUAUCGUGUGUCCAACAUAGAGAGUUCCUCAAUUGGGUGUAUCUUUUUUUGUAGACACAUCAAUUUUUUUCUGUCACCACAUGUUUCUUAUAUAUAAUUCCACAGUUGGCAUUCAGGAUGCCUGAUCUUUUUCUCCC